AUGAAACGACCUCUGUUUUGUAAGAUUGUGAAUAAGAUUGUGGAAAAUGAUGAGUUUUUCCAGCAAAGGCGAAAUGCAUCUGGGAAGUUGGGGUUGUCUGGACUCCAAAAAUGCACGGCAGCGAUGAGAAUGUUAGCGUAUGGGGUGGCUCCUAACGCAGUUGACGAGUAUCUUCAUAUGGGUUCUUGUAAUGACCUUAAUUUACUUAACUGUUCACCAAUUUUUACUGAUGUUUUGCAAGGUCAAGCACCUCCAGUGAAGUUUAAUGUCAAUGGCCAUGAAUACAACAUGGCUUACUACUUAGCUGAUGGUAUUUAUCCAAGUUGGGCUACUUUUGUGCAAGGAUUUACCAAUCCUCAAACUCAUAAGCAUAUGCUUUUUGUUGAACGACAAGCUGCUACACGUAAAGAUGUUGAACGUGCAUUUGGUGUCCUACAAGCGAGGUUUGCAAUCGUACGACAACCAGCUCUUGCUUACGAUGAAGAUGUGCUAGCUGACAUUAUGAAGGCUUGUAUAAUAAUUCAUAACAUGAUAGUAGAGGAUGAACGAGAUACUUAUAAGAAUGCUGAAGUAACAAGAAAAUAUUACGAAACAGAUCGCCCAAUGUCGCGUCUAGGAGGUGAAGCUAGUAUAAGUGGUGCCAUAAAUAAUGAUGAGACAUUUCAGUUUCAAACAGGACGUCCUAUCGACAUUAAUAAAUACUUGGAGAUAAGGGACGCUAUGCGUAAUAGACGAACUCAUCAAUCCUUGAAAGAUGACUUGAUAGAGCACAUUUGGGAAAAGUUUGGUGACAAUAAUCCUUAA